AUGACUGUGUCGAGUGACGCUGGCAUCAAGCUCGAGGCCGCUGCCAUGUCCAAUUCUUCGUCAUCGUCCUCUUCGCCGGCCGCGGGCGGGACUGCGGCCACGGGCGAUGAAGCUGAAGCCUCGACCAUCAUGGUCAACACCAAGGCUCCGGCCCCCUUCCCCCCGCCCAAGACCGACAAGCCGCGUCCCCAUGUCUGCAGCACCUGCCAGCGGUCGUUCGCUCGUUUGGAGCAUCUCAAGCGCCACGAGCGGUCGCAUACAAAAGAGAAGCCGUUCGAGUGCCCCGAAUGCGCCCGUUGCUUCGCCCGUCGUGACCUGCUCCUCCGCCACCAGCAAAAGCUGCAUCAAACCACCACCCCGUCCUCUCGUCCCCGUAACCGCCGGGAGAGCGCAAGUGGGGCGGCCCCAGGCGCCAGCCGCGCCCGGAAGAAUAGCAUCGCGGGGCCCAGUGCUGCCUCUGCUACUGCUGGCGUCGCCUCGGCCGCCAAUAUGAGGCCCAGGGCAAACACCAUAAGCCAUGUGGAUGGCACGGCCAUGCAGAUGAUUGCUGCCGCCAAUGCCUCGGUAUCUCGCAUGCCUCCCACCCACAGCCGCCACCCGAGCCUGCUCGGACUGCCUACUCAUGGUCUGGAGAACUUUGGUAUGGCGUCGGCUCUGGCUCAUCGGGGCAACACUCUUGGUCUGCCCAAACUGGAGACUCAUAGCAUCAAUGGGAUGGAUUUCUCCAGCGGGCUGCGCACCGCGCCGCCAAUGGGCUUUGGCUCUGACUUCGACAUGGACGGCCUCUUCUUCGUGAACUCUCCUGGCUCUACCAUCAACCCCAAUGCCCUGCACUACAGCGACUCCCCUCCUUCCAAUGCUAUGGACCCGCUCUCUCCUUUCUCGCACGGCCUGACGGACAUUUCAAGCGGCCAGGCGCUGGACGACGGUUUCGACUGGUUGUCGGGCUUUGAGCAGCAAAUGUCAUUCAAUAACAACACGACCACCGAGACCACGGGCGACGGCUCCUCGCCUUCUGCCAUCAGCACGACGAGCCAAAGCGGCAUCAGCGAUGUCAUGGUGGAUGGUUCGAACCAUCAUUCGACCGCCACCACCACUACCACCACCACUUCUACCUCAAUAUGGCAGCCCUCUCUCAUGACUACGCCACAGGUAUCGAAUAACCCCUUUUCUCUCGAUCUUAAUUCCGUCUUUCCCGACCUCUUGAGUGGCGCACCCGUAUCACCCCAGCCAUCUUCGGCCAAGACGUUGAAUGACUCGUACUUCUCUACGCCGCCGCCCUCGAUGAACUCCAUCAGUCAGCAGCCCGUUAUUUCAGGCUUGAAUGGCCAGAAUGUAAACCAAUCCAUGAGCUUUGGUGCCGGCCCGGAAACGCCGUCCUCGAUGAAUGGUAGUAAUCAUGGCACCUUACCCGUCUCGACAAUCACUGAUUCAACAAGAAAUGCCAUCCUAGGUGCCCUAUCGGCCUGCCAGGCUUCCCCGUUUGGAACGCGGAGAUUGUCGUUCGCCGCCCCGAGCUCACCCUUGACCGUUCAGCCGUCCCCAGCGAACAGCACCACCCCCGAGCAAUCCGUCUCCCUCCCGAGCACGCAGAGCCUUCAGCGUUACGUCGGAGCCUACCUGCGAUACUUCCAUCCCCACUUACCCUUCAUCCACCUACCGACGCUGUCCUUCGAGCUUCCGACGCAUCUCACAAGCGGGCAAACUAGCGGCAUUUGUGGGAGUGGCUCCCUGCUGCUGUCCAUGGCAGCCAUCGGUGCCCUGUUUGAGCUGGAACAUCAGGCAUCCAUGGAGCUGUUUGGAUUGGCUAAGAAGAUGAUCCAACUGUAUCUUGACGAGAGGAGGAAAGCGAACGUAAGAAAAGCAGAGUCCAUCCGGCUCACGUCCGUGUUGGCGGACCAUAAUUCGCAACAGCAGGAAUCCCCCGUCGAGACCCCAGUGUGGUUAGUCCAAGCGAUGCUUUUGAAUGUUGUAUAUGGUCAUAACUGCGGGGAUAAGCGUACGGGCGAGAUUGCGUCGACCCACGCCGCCGCGUUGGUAAGUCUCGCCCAAGGAGCAAAUCUGUUUCAGCCAGUAUCGGUCGAACCAAGCAUCAAAGAUAUUGCCAUGCCCGAUGCAGACGGCAUUGGCGGUUGGAAUGGUUCAGGUUACACCCUUGCCCAAGAGCACGCCGAGUGGCUGCACUGGAAGGUAGCAGAAGAGCGCAAGCGAACCCUCUUUGCCAUCUUUGUCGUGUCUAGCCUCUUAGUGUCGGCAUAUAACCUCUCACCAGCCUUGACCAAUUCUGAAAUUCACCUGGACCUCCCGUGUAACGAGGAGUUCUUUGCUGCGCGGAGCGCAGCCGAUUUCCGACUAAAAGGUGGAGUUUUAGGGGCAUAUCACAACCGGAUAACCUUUCACGAGGCCCUAGGAGAGCUGUUGCGGAGUAGUGACAAGCUACAGCACCAGAAGCAUCCGUUUCCUCUCCAGCUGCCGCUCGGGUCGGCUACCAAUGUCAGCGAUCUACCUAAGACCAACCUGAAGCCUAGCGCCUUUGGCUGUUUGAUCCUGAUUAAUGCGCUCCACAAUUAUAUAUGGGAAACGCGCCAGCGCCAUCACAGUAAGGCUUGGACCGACUGCGAAGUUGAGCAAAUGCAUCGACACAUUGAGCCUGCUUUGAAGACAUGGCAUGCUGCCUGGGCGAACACCCCGUUUCACAGCGCGGAACGUCCAAACCCAUAUGGUGCCGGGCCGCUUUCGGCCGACUCUAUUCUUUUGCUCGAUCUCGCUUACAUCCGUCUAUUCGUUGACCUCUCCCGGGCCAAGGAGAAGUUUUGGCAGCGUGAUUGGGAUGGUGUGAUUGAGGAAGUCUCCCGUGGAGCCGAUGUCGUUCAGCAUGCCGAAUUUUCAUUGACCCCGCAGUCAGCAACUGAUUCGUCCGUCACAGAUCCUUUGGGUGACGGCAAUGGCUCCGUUUGCCGGGCAGUUGACCCAAAAGCCACACAAUCCCUAGAGUUUGCCCCUUCUGGCACCAUCAACUCUGCUCUCACGCAGCACUCGUCUCGCACCUCAUCACAGGAAUCAUGCCAUCGAGCCAUGUCUCGUAGAGAGAAAUUCUUGCGCAAAGCUGCUUCGAUUGCUGCCGAAUCCCUUUGCGCCUCUAGCAAGCUUGGCCUCUCCUUGGCCGAUUUAAUGGGCCGCGAGCUACCGCUGCAGGCAUCACUUUAUGUGUUCGACUGUGUUCUUGUCCUUGCUGAAUGGAUCUCGACACUUCAAGAUCGUGUUGGCCGCUAUCUUGGGGUUCUUGGGAGGGACAAUGUGGACUUCACGCAAGUGCCUGCCAUCGUGCUGCUUGAAGAAGAGGACAUCAAGCUGCUAGGGAAGGUUGAUGAGAUCAUUCAAGAAAUUGAGAGCAAAGUGAGAGCAGGUGCAACUCGAGACAGCGGGAGAGUGAAGGGAGGAGCCAAUGACAAGGACUCCGAACCUGUUGGCAGUUGCCAUAUUGUUGAUGAUGCGGGCUAUGCUGCGAAGCUGCUGCGGCUGACUGCAUACCUGUUCGACAAGGCACGGGUUUGGCCUGUGACUCGCUUGGCCACAUCCUGCUUGGAGGUGUAUGCGAGUCGUGUCAGUGCACGCGCCGAAAAGUCGGCCACUAUCAACGACUGA